CAUCAUCACCGUCCUUGUAAACUGUCAAGGAUUACUAGUAACCCCAGAAACGAUUCAAUGAAAAUAGGAAGAAAAGGAAGUGCUGAUCAACACCAACAAAAACAAGACGCUGAAGAUGAAGAAGCAGCAUUUGGAAACCCUAUAACUAAUAGAGCUUGGCAAUCAUCAAGAAUUUUUAAGGUGUCAAAAGCUUCUGGUGGGAAAGAUCGUCAUAGUAAAGUGUUAACAACAAAGGGAGUCAGGGAUCGGAGAGUUCGUUUAUCGGUCUCUACAGCUAUACAAUUUUAUGAUUUACAAGAUCGCUUAGGUUAUGUUCAACCUAGCAAGGUUUUUGAAUGGUUGAUUAAAGCUGCUGCUAAUGCCAGUACUCAGCUUCCUUCACUCAAUGCUGCAUUUCUAGACGCACCAAAGCAACCAAGUGAUGAGAAGAGAAUCCACCGCACCGUCAAUAUGGAGCCAACAUUGUACAUGGAUGAAGUAGAAAUUGAGAUGGAUUCUGCUUACAAUCCGAAGCAACAACACAAUCUUUCAGCGUCCUUAUUGGCUUGUAGUAGCACUUCUGAGAUCCGAGCUAAAGCUAGAGAAAGAACUGCUAACGAUAAGGAAAAGGAAAAACCAGAUGAAGCUCCUCAUUAUCAACAUACUUCUUCUUUUACUGAACUUCUCACUGGUGCUCAACAGAACAAUAGGACACACCGUCCUUUGGCUCCCACACAGAUCGAUGAUUACUUCAGCGUGGGAGAUUUUGGAGGAGCUACAUUGAGGAACAACAAUAUCUACUCAUCAUCGGGAUUUUCAACCCAAACCGACUACGGAAGCUCUCCUCAGGCGAUACCGUGCAUUAUGGAGGUACCAACAUCUCCAUUGAGUCCAUUCACAGUUACUGCUGAUCAUCAUAAUAGUCAUCAUCAUCAUCAAAAUCAGCAGCAUCCGGAGAUGCGUCAGUUCUCAUCUUUACCAGAGCACCUCAUUCCGGAUACAGCUGCUGCUACCGCCAAUGCUGGAUCCAAUAGGGUUGCCUCCGAUUUAUCACACUCUCCGUUGUUUCAUCAUUUUAAACAGAGAUUUUCUUCUUCUCCUUCAGAUGGACCGAACAUUCCAUUUUUCAUGGGAAAUGUUGGGAAUGCGGCUUCUUGUUCCAUCACACCCGAAGGGAAUCAGUUCCUAUCUGGUUUCCGCGGAGGCCUUUAGAUCUGAUACAGAUGGCGGGGGGGAGUCACUCAAACUUAAACGGAAAAGGGAAUGGGAUCUGAUUUGGCUCCAUUCUU